UACGUUUCCCAAACACCAUUGCGAAGACUGAAGCCGCCAUAUUGCAGUCGCCAGAACGCGCUGGCUAUUUCUCUGUAUCCACAACACAGAAAUAACCGACAGGAUGACACAGACUGUGCAGACAAAUGGGGUGCAAGCCCUCAGUAAGACGUGGGAACUCAGUCUGUACGAGCUGCAGAGAACGCCGCAGGAGGCCAUCACAGAUGGUCUGGAGAUCGCGGUGUCUCCUCGCUCCCUCCACAGUGAGCUGAUGUGUCCCAUAUGCCUGGACAUGCUGAAGAACACUAUGACCACCAAGGAGUGCCUGCACCGCUUCUGUGCCGACUGCAUCAUCACCGCGCUGCGCUCCGGGAACAAGGAGUGUCCGACGUGCAGGAAGAAGCUAGUGUCGAAGCGCUCCCUGCGUCCAGACCCCAACUUCGACGCCCUGAUCAGCAAGAUAUACCCCAGCAGAGACGAGUACGAGGCGCACCAGGAGAGGGUGCUGGCGCGCAUCAGCAAGCACAACAACCAGCACGCCCUUAGCAACAGCAUUGAGGAGGGCCUCAAGAUACAGGCCAUGAACAGGCUGCAGCGAGGUAAGAAGCACCAGCUUGAUCACGGCAGCGGCGCCGAGGACAACAGCUCCCACUGUAGCAACGCCUCGGUCCAUAGCAACCAGGAGGCGGGGCCUAGCAUCAAGCGGACCAAGACGUCAGACGACUCGGGGCUGGACAUGGACAACGCUGCGGAGAACGGAGCGGUAGAGCUGGCACUGGACGGGGCGAGCGAGAUAGAGCUGGUGUUCCGCCCUCACCCCACCCUCAUGGAGAAGGAGGACCCUGCCCAGACCAGGUAUAUCAAGACGUCGGGUAACGCCACGGUGGACCACCUGUCUAAGUACCUGGCGGUGCGUCUGGCUCUGGAGGAGCUGAGGAGGACUCAGGAGAGCAGCCCAGCCAGUGUGGACGCAGCCAGCGAGAAGCAGUACACCAUCUACAUCCCCACAGCCAGCCAGCAGUUCACUGUCCUGAAUGGUUCCUUCUCUCUGGAGCUGGUCAGUGAGAAGUACUGGAAGGUCAACAAGCCCAUGGAGCUCUACUUUGCCCCCACCAAGGAGCACAAGUAGAGCAACUGACUGGAACAGACUCACAUCCCUCCCUCGCUCUCCAUCUCUAUCUCCUUCCAUCUCUCUCUGGUUUUCUAACCCUCCCUCUCUGAUUCUCUCUCCCCUCCCCCACCCCCUUUUCUCUCUGGAGGUCAGCAGAGGUACUACAGUGUUACUGAGAGCCUACAUGACCCUAACCUGGGACCCUCAUCCAUCACUCAUCAUCCAUCCUUUAGCUGUCAUCAUCACUCAUCAUCCAUCCUUUAGUUACGUCAUCAUCACUCAUCAUCCAUCCUUUAGUUACGUCAUCAUCACUCAUCAUCCAUCCUUUAGCUGUCAUCAUCACUCAUCCAUCCUAUAGCUGUCAUCAUCACUCAUCAUCCAUCCUUUAGCUGUCAUCACUCAUCAUCCAUCUUUUAGCUGUCAUCACUCAUCAUCCAUCCUUUAGCUGUCAUCCAUCACUCAUCAUCCAUCCUUUAGCUGUCAUCCAUCUUUCAUCAUCCAUCCUUUAGCUGUCAUCCAUCGCUCAUCAUCCAUCCUAGCUCAGCCUGUCAGAAAGCUGUCGGUGUUCAUGGUGCGUGACCACAACGGUUGUUUGUGAAGUGCCUCAGAGGAGCUGUGUAUGUGUGUGUGUCAGGUGGUGCUCUUGUAGGCUCCCCUAUCACCAUGGUUACCCGGUAGGUUUUCUGGUGGGUAGUGGCUGCCUGAGUGGUGUUUUAUAUAUCUCUCUUUUGUACAGGGGGGAG